GGUGGUGGUGGUGGCGGCGGCAGUGGGCGGUGUGGCCAUGGCGGUGUAUUGAGUGAAAUGUCCCCAUAGACACGUAGUUUUCAUGCCAGGGACACCCACCACCACCACCACCACCGCCUGCCUGGCUGAGAUGUGGCGUCUGGCUACAACUGCCAACGUCACAGAGUUUAGCCGGCGGCCGGAGGAUGGGGCAACACUGCUCUCUUUAGUUGCCGGCUACUGCAAAACUUUCAACCAGGCUUCUGAUGUCUUUUUCCGGGUGGAUUCUGCGUUUUCAUUAUUGUUUUGGGCGUGUGUUGAGUGGCGGGCGGCGUGCAGGGGCGUGAGUGGCGAGGCACAAGGCGGGGGCAGGUUGAGGGUAACUCCACGGGGCUCAACACCCAGCUGGAGGGAGCGGCUGCCCGAGUGGACCGGUAAUUAGGUUGUGGGCCGAGCCAGAGCGAAAGUGUCGCUCCAGUUUUGUCUUAUGGCGUGCGGGAGCCGCCACCACCGCGCCCGGCUGCCUCCACCUCCACCUCCCCUGCACCGCCUCCCUCCUGCACCAGUAGCAGCAGCAGCAGCAGCUCUCCUCCUCCCGCCCUACGUAAACAUUAAUCGGCAACCCAGCAGCCUUCUGGAUUCAGCAGCAGCACCAGCAACACCUGUCAUUCAAGAGGUUUUUAUGGAGUGUUUAUAAAGUGCCGUGUGCAUUACGUGCCCCGCUGGCCCGCCGUGCCCAGCAGCGAUGUAGUGCCGCCCGCCUGGCCGUGGCCCCGCCUGCACCACAGCAGCCCGCGCCCUUCCCCCACAGCUGCCGAGUGUGUGGUGCCAGUGUGUGAGGCGUCGCCACCCUGGAGGCUGAGCCAGCAAGUCUCGGCUGGAAGGGCCCCCCAGGACCCCCCUCCUCAGAGCCCCACGGGCCCCCCUCCAUCGGUCCCUCGGGGUUCCCCAACCCUCCCACCCCAAACACCUUCUCAGGGCCGUCCACCCCCACCUUCAACCCCCCGGGCCCCACGCUGAACCGGCCUCCCCGGCCCCUCUACCAAUCCCACCCCUUUCCCCCAGGGCCCUGGUGGCCCUCAACCCUUCAACACGCCUCCCAACAGCUUCUCGGGGCCCCCCACCUCCGGCCCCCCCUCUGUCCCCUUCCCUGGCUCCCCUGCCCCUUCCAAUGCCUCCACUCCAGGCCCCGGGGGUCCCUCCCCCUUCCCUGGGGCACCUGGUGGGGGUCCCCCCACCAGCAUGGCCCCCACCAGCUUGGGGGGGCCAAUGCCCUCUGCCAUGCCCUUCCCUUGCUCCUCUAACUACAGCAGCCCCACCCCCACCGGCCCCCACAUGAACGGCCCCAACAGCACCAUGGCCAUGCUGGGGCCACAGCAACAUGCACAGAUCAUCAACGGACCCCCGGGACACCCGGGACCAUUCCCGGGGCCGGGCGGGCCAGGCUUCACUGGGCCGGGAGGACCCUUCGGACCGGGGGGCCCACCGUUUGGGCCAGGGGGACCACCAGGGGGCCCUCCCAUGCACGGACCCAUGCACGGCCCCAUGCACGGACCAGGACCCCACCCCAUGAUGGGCCAGCUGGGACCCAUGGACCGCAUCGACCAGGGGAGGUGAGUGGUGUGAACUUGU